AAGAAGUGAAGACAGCAUAUAUCACGCUCAGUUUCUUCCUAUUUGGUGUCCAUGCUUUUCUACAUGCAUUUGGUGUUUCGUUUUGAAGAGGCCAGCUGCUUGUGAACUCAUUUCAUGGAAUGGCAAAAGGUUACCUGGCCCAAACCAUUACUGUAGUUUCUCUUUCUGUAACUCUUUCAGUUGUUACUGCAAAGUCCUGCCACAAUUUCUCUCCAGUAUUCCAGACAACAAGGAAUCUUGCUUACAGCCCAUCUUCACAUCACUGGCUCCAUAGAGAUACAACUAAAAUGUCAGAUUGUAAGGAGCCAAAAGAGAAUUUGCAUAAGAAAGCCAGGACAUCCCCAUAUCCAGGAUCAAAGGUUGAACGCAGCCAAGUACCUAAUGAUAAAGUGGACUGGUUGAUCAACUGGAAGAACUACAGCCCUGUGGAAUAUACAGCACCAAGUGUUUUGGCAGGACCUAAAUGGGCAGAUCCAGAGAUUGGAGCCAAAAACUUUUUUCCAAAGUUCAAUGAGAAGGAUGGGCAAGUGGAAAGAAGGAGCCAUAAUGGCUUAUAUAAAGUGGAAAACGGGAGGCCCAGGAAUCCUGUUGGCAGGACAGGACUGGUGGGACGAGGUCUGCUGGGGCGUUGGGGACCCAACCAUGCUGCCGAUCCUCUAGUAACAAGAUGGAAGAGAGAUGGCAGUGGCAAUAAAACAGCUCAUCCAGUAUCUGGUAAAAACAUCUUACAGCUUAUUGCAAUCAAAAGGAAGGACUGUGGAGAAUGGGCCAUUCCUGGGGGAAUGGUAGAUCCAGGGGAGAAAUUAUCUGCUGCUCUAAAGCGAGAAUUUAGUGAAGAGGCCUUGAACUCCUUACAGAAAACUAAGGCUGAGAAAGAAGAGAUGGAGAAACACCUGAAUAGAUUGUUCAGUCAGGAUCACUUUGUGGCUUAUAAGGGAUAUGUGGAUGAUCCUCGCAAUACUGACAAUGCUUGGAUGGAAACAGAAGCAGUAAACUAUCAUGAUGAAUCUGGUGAAGCCAUGGAUAAUUUGCAUCUGGAAGCAGGAGAUGAUGCUGGGAAAGUGAAAUGGGUGGAUGUUAGUGAAAAACUUACACUGUAUGCCAGCCACUCUGACUUUGUCAGACUUGUAACAGAGAAAAGAGGAGCUCACUGGAAGGAAGACCCUAACUUUUGUUGCCAUGAUGGAACAGGCAUCAAACCAUAAAUUACAUCCUAUCAUUUCAGAUGGUAAUUUACUGGUAGGAUAGGAAGUAAAUGCUGCUUUAGGACAUUGGUGGUACAUGAUUUAAAGCUGCAAGAUUUUAAACCUAUUCCUAACACUUGUGUUGAAAUGAUUGCAGUUUAAAAAUGCUUAGCAUUAGCUACAUCAUACCUUUUCUUUUUAAUCAAAUAAUAGUACUAAAGGGUUUUACUUCAGAUUAUAGAAUCUCUGUUCUGUACCUGUUCUGUAUGGAAAAUAAAUGAGUAAAUUUGAGGGUUUUGUGGUUCACCGAUAA